UCCCAGGUACCGCCUUACCAUUCACAAAGAGCACUGCUUCUUGUGCAUGCGCACUUGGGACCCGGCUGUCACGCACACUACAGCCGGGAAGACAGCGCGCCGCUGGAUUCUCCUGGCGUGCCCACAGAUAAGGCUCGGCAUGCCGGCUGUGGCACGCGUGACACGGGUUCGCCAUCACUGCCCUAUAUCUCUGGUCACCUCCUGUACUGUGUCCGCAGUCUCUGGUCAUCUCCUGUCCUGUGUCCGCAGUCUCUGGUCAUCUCCUGUACUGUGUCCGCAGUCUCUGGUCAUCUCCUGUACUGUGUCUGCAGUC